UUUUAUUAAAAUAGUAUAUACGGAGUUAUGUCUUAAAGUGUCUGAGAACAUCUCCAAUCCAUAAUACUAUUAUAGUGUCAAAACCAUACUAUUUUAGUGUAAUUUCAGUAUUAAAAGAAGUUAUUCUUCAACCAUAACACCAAAUUUAACACUGAAAGCUAUUUUAUAAUAUUAUAUGUAUUUAUAAUUUUAUUUGUCAUUUAAUUGUUCAUUUUAUUAAUAAAUUAAGUGAAUAAUGUUUUAUUAUGGUGAAUAAUGUCACACCAAAUUUGGUGUGAAGUUAUAGUGUUGCACUAAAAUAGUGUGAUUUUUAGUGUUGAGUUGGAAAAGGUUUUAGUGUCAAAAUUAUACUAAAAUAGUGUUUUGAAGUUGGGUUGGAGAUGACCUGAGGUUCCUCUACAAACGAUCCAAACAUGGGAAAGUAAUGUCGGAUACAUCAAAACAUAUGUGUUUAUCAAUGUGUCUCUAACUAUUUUUUUUUAAUCUCUUAAAGUUUUGAUAGUUAUUGUUGUGUUGAUCAUUAAUUACAAGCUAGAAAUUAGAUAUCACCCUUUUUAAAAUAUAAUAUGAGUGCAUUACAUAGAAAAAAUGAUUUCUAAUCUAUCUAUAUACUUCAAAUAUAUAUAAUUUUCUUUUUUUGCUAAAUGGAUAAAUGAUUGUGAAUUCCAUCACUCCGUAUUUGUUACAACAUAGAUCGUAUUCCAUAUCUAACAUCACUCCAAAAACAAGUGAAUCUCAAGAUCAUGAUAUGGGGUUUUAAGAAAGACUACAUUUACCAUCUUUAAUCAUGUUAUUGGUAAGAAAAAAUGAAGUAAAAUAAAUACAUUACAUGUAAUGCCUAAAACUAUAGUUUAUCAACAAAUAUUCAUUUAUUUAUGCUGCAAAGAAUUAUAUAUUAUUUUAAAACUUCAAAGAAAUAAAUAUAGUUGGGAGUUAACCAAUGAGCAAAUAAAGCUCGAGAAUAAUAGAAAGAAGAGUGUGGGGGAAAAUUGUAGGGCCAAACUUUGUCUGCUCCGAUCACCACCACUCACCCGCCCGUCCCAUCAUUCUUUAGCAAGUUUUGUUUUCUCAAAUCCAUGUACCAAUUCCAAACCGUAUUCAGUUAUAAACCACAAACAAUCCUGGAUUUGGUUUUCAUGUGAAAUUUCACUAAUCAUAAAACUGAAAACUUUUAUUGAAUUUCUUCUUCUCGGUUUGGUAGACUUCUGAUUAUAUAAGCUUCCAGAUGCAAACGGUAAUUAGCAAGAUAAAUGGAUUAUAUCACUAAGUUACAUGUAUUCAUGUUUUGGUUUGGUUUUCUACAUUUCAGUUCGGCUUGGGUUUUUGAUCUUUCGGUUUGGUGUAAAUCAGAUUAAAUCUCAUAAUUUCACUAGAUGCAUACAUAUAUGAUCAGUUAGAUAAUUUUUAAAAAUUCAUAACGAUCUAAUUUUCCAUAGAUAAUCAUAAGUUAUCAGACAAAUCAUAAGAAGAGGAGCAUGAAAAAAGAGAAGACAUAAUGAUGGAAGCACCUAGUUGCUUUAAACUCGUGAAGAAGAAGAGAUAAGAUAUUCUUAAAAAGUCAAAUUAGUUGUUUAAAAUUUCCAUAAUUAAUUAUUAAGGAAAAUGUUAAUCAAUGAUUACAAUGAGAGCUAAGUCAUUAGCAGAUGAAUGCUUUACCUAUCAAACGAACUUUCUGCAUAAUCAUUCGUGAAUUGCAAUUCAUGACUUUGCUUUCGAAUUCUUAAAAUGGAGAUCAGGCCGAGAUUUAUGCUCUCAUCAUUACAGAUUUGUGCGAUGUUGUACCAAAAGCAUUAUUCCCAUUUAUCAAUUAGUACAAUUUAGUUAUUAUUUUUUGGGGGACAUGUACAAUUUUACAUUCAUAAGAGUUCAUUUUUAUAACAAUGAAUUCCGGAACCUUUCUUUAUAAUUGUUAUAUAUUAUACUAUUGCGUAACUUUCUGAUGUUUUCAUAUAAUGUUAAAUGUGUUAUAAUGGUUGUGACUUGUGAGUGUUUUUUUUUUACCAGAUUCUAUUAGGUAUUUGAAGUUUAUGUAUAAAAUAUAACAAAUACAAAAGCUAAAAGGAAAUGUCAAAGGACAUAACUCGGCUGUCCAUCUUGUAGUGUACCAAAUGGGGCAUGUGGAAGGUUGAAGGGAAGCUAUCCCCACUUUGUGUUGAUUGUUUUCAUCAUUUUAUACAUUUAUUUUCUAUUACUUUUUCAGAAGGAAAGUGAUUAAACAGAAUUUGUAUAAAUAUAUUUUUGGCAGUCAUAUUGAUUGAGACUUUAGCUCUUGCUUUAUCGGACACAUAUCAUGACCUUUAGAUCAUGGUCUGUCCCUCUUAUUUUAAGCAUUCGUCGACAUUUCUUUUGUUUUACUAUAUCACUUUCAACAUUAAAUUUCAUGAUAAUGAAAAAAGGAACAACAAAUUAUAUUUUAAAAUUCUAAACCUAAGGGUCCUGGAUAUACGAUUCACCGUUUGUCAAAAACGUUUUAAGAAAUCAACUCCGAACCGAAACGGAACAAAGUUCGUGGUUUGGGCCUAAUUGGAUUGAGCUAUAAAUCCCAUGGGCUUACUGUAGAACUAUUUGCAAUUCAAAACAGUAGAGAACUGACCUCUAAAACCACGAUGAAUCGAUGAAUGAAUGAGUCGUGCUGGUUUCAGAAGGGAGAGGUUUUGAAGCUGAUCGAUCAACGGAUCUUUUGUUGUUUGCGGCCCAAGUAACAGGGUGAGCCCAUCCAAGUUGUAUAUAACACAUGAAAUUUAUACUUACACAACAGCAAGGUGAGUAUGGAAAAUGGAGAUACACGUUCUCGCAAUUUCUCCGAAUGUAUCAUAUUCAACGUGAAUCUCUUGUUGGUUGACAGUUGACGAUUAUAUGGCGCAUUGAGCCUAGUGGAAAUGCGUUUAUAGCGUUCUAAUCAACCAAGUUCACUCUAUAAAUACGGUUAGUAACAUUUUCUGACCAGGUUUGGUUCAUUGGUCGCUAAUUGUAGUACAUUGUUGUUUUAUUAGAAGAUGUUGGUUUUUCAUAGUAUUUUUUGGUGUAAGUUUUUUCAUAGUAUUGUUAAGGAAUUUGUGAGAAAACGUUUCUUAAAUUUGUAAUUAUAUUUAAAAAGCAAGAACGGUUAGUAAAUUUCAAAUUUGAUAGUUUGUGGUGCCAAAGGGGAUGGCUCCUUUACUGAUUCAUUUGUGAUAGAAUCUUAUUUCAUAUGAUCGAGGGCAAAUAAAUUUCUAGUUAAUCAAAACUUCUAAUUCUAUGAGUUAUACAGUGACAGUGUGACACCAACCAGCUGCAGCGUUUUUCAAUCUUUUUCAUUGCGUGUGUGUGUGUCAACUUUCGGCUGUCUUCCCAUGUUCAUGUCUAAAGCGAUUCCAUCUUACAACAAUUAUGGUUUUGGAAGUCAAAUGUUAAGUGUGUGGAUCCCAUCAUGUGAGCUCCAAAAAAGUCAACGAGCUUUAUUAUAUAAAAGUAAAGUCAACUAUGGAGAGAUGAACAAGAUUCUCUUCCCGUCGCCCGUUUCAUCUCAAACUCCGGCUGGUUUCAUAUGCAGGGCUAACUCAACACAUAUGUGGAGUCACAACGAGAAAUAGGACCCAAAUGAACAAAUACUGUGUAAUAUUUGGAAUAUACAUUGUACUUAAAAGGACAGAGGAGCACAUAUACAUGUCAUAAAUCAUAAUGUGUAUGUGUGUAUGCAUGCAUAUGUUGUCGAGACUCGAUAAUGUUAAUAUAUAACUAAAUGAAAGAAUCUAGGCACUUUGGAAUCAUAUUUGGUUUUCCAGUCUUUGUCUUGGAGAGCAAAUCACGCCGACGAACCGACACAAGCCAUACUUGGAGGCUCCCACCGUAUACAUAUUAAUUUGCUAUACACAUGAAAUUAAUGACGUAGCUUGUUGCUAAUAUUUAAUUAUCCCAAAACAACCGAAAAGUUGUCUAUAAUUUGCUUGAGAUUCAAAUUUCACAUUACAUGAACUAAAAUUAAUUGCUUGCAUGUUCAUAUGAGCAUAUGAUAUUUAGAAUUUUAUGCAAGUUGAUAGAACUCUAUGGUAUUUCUUUGAGAACAAAUGUGUAGUCACCGUUUAGCUGAAACAAUUAUUAACUUAGACUACAUAAUCACAAAAUUUACAAAAUAAAUGAUUUGACUUGGUUGUUUAAUUCACAUUAUGAAAACUUCGAUUAGAAAAUUGAAAGUAGUUUGAUGAAUAACAUGAUGGACAUUACGGCCACACCGCAAACAUUGCGGCUUAUUUCGUGGGGAUAGUAAAUGUGCUCUUACUUAUCUUCGUUAUCACUUUCGUAUUAAUACGUACGGUGCAUCGCCGUAUGAUACUUAAUUUAUAUAUUUCUUCCAUCAUUUAAUAUUUCCAAUUAUUCCAAACAGCAGUAUAAUUAUUAGUACGUAGGUCAGCUAUAUAUAGCUGGUAGGAACUUGUGCAUAUAUCAUCACCCAUUGUAUAAUUAGCUCUCUUAAUUAUAUUUUCAUAUAAGCAUACAACUGAUAGAUUGUUUUCUUGUGUCACAUAGCGUAAGAGCUCACAAUGUCUCUCGCUAUCUCUCUUUGUUUGGCUUUCCUUUUUGCUCUUUGCCAUGGUUCUCAUAGCUUACCUGCACAACGAACUCCUCAUCUUGAUGUGCUUCUCCCAAAUGGAAACUUUGAGCAAGUUCCUAACAAAUCAAACAUGAGAAAGAGGCAAAUAAUCGGCAAAUACUCUCUUCCUCAUUGGGAAAUUUCCGGCCACGUCGAGUUAGUCUCUGGUGGUCCACAACCCGGAGGUUUCUACUUUGCGGUGCCACGUGGAGUCCAUGCAGCUAGGCUAGGGAACUUAGCCUCGAUAUCUCAGUAUGUGAAAGUGAAACGUGGCUUGGUUUAUUCUCUAACGUUUGGGGUCACGAGGACUUGUGCUCAGGAUGAGAACAUACGAAUCUCUGUUCCCGGUCAGACCAAUGAGCUGCCGAUCCAAACCCUGUUCAGUACUAACGGUGGAGACACAUACGCUUGGGCAUUCAAAGCAAAGUUUGAUGUGGUUAAGAUCACUUUUCAUAACCCUGGUGUUCAAGAAGACCCUUCAUGUGGUCCUCUCGUUGACGCUGUUGCCAUCAAAGAGAUUCUCCCUCUUCGGUAUACUAGAGGAAACCUUGUGAAGAACGGUGGAUUCGAGAUCGGUCCACAUGUAUUCAACAACUUCUCCACCGGAAUCUUAAUCCCGGCGAAGGUACAAGAUCUCAUCUCACCGCUUCCAGGAUGGAUCAUCGAAUCUCUAAAACCGGUCAAGUACAUCGAUAGCCGCCACUUCGAAGUCCCCUCAGGACUCGCCGCAGUCGAGCUCGUCGCCGGGAGAGAAAGCGCCAUCGCUCAGAUCAUCCGCACCGUCGCCGGUAGAAACUACAUGCUCUCCUUCGCGGUUGGAGACGCACAAAACGGUUGUCACGGGUCGAUGAUGGUGGAAGCGUUUGCGGGGAAAGCAGCGUUUAAGCUUCGGUUUGAAUCUAACGGGAAAGGAGCGUUUAAAGUGGGACGUUUCAGGUUUCGCGCGGAUUCUAACCGCACGAGGUUAACGUUCUACAGUGGGUUUUAUCAUACCAAGCUCCAUGAUUUUGGACACCUUUGUGGGCCCGUGCUUGACAGUGUUAGUGUUGUCAUGACACGUUAAAAUUUAUUUGAGUAUAAAUUAUAAUCUAAUACUUAUCUAAUAAAAUGAUAUUAUCCAUUUGUAAGCACAA